GGCUGGCAGGCAGGCAGGCGGGCCGGCCGGCUUUCGCGUUUCAAGGCUGCGAGGAGCCGCUUCGGUGUCUCUGGCUGGGUCUCGGCGCUGCGCCCACGGGCGAUGGAGCGCGUCGCCUUCUCCGAUACCCCGGCGGUGGCGGCGGCGUCUCCCCUGCAGGACGGGCUCCUCCAGUCGCCCAAGCCCUCCAUGAAGAGGCAGGCGGUGAAGCGGCACUACCAUAAGCACAACCUCCGGCAUCGCUACGAGUUUCUGGAGACGCUGGGCAAAGGCACCUACGGCAAGGUGAAGAAGGCGCGGGAGCGCUCGGGCAAGCUGGUUGCUAUCAAGUCUAUACGGAAAGACAAAAUAAAGGAUGAGCAGGACCUCAUCCAUAUCAGGAGAGAAAUUGAAAUAAUGUCAUCCCUCAAUCACCCACACAUUAUUGCUGUCCAUGAAGUAUUUGAAAACAGCAGCAAGAUUGUCAUUGUAAUGGAAUAUGCUAGCAAGGGAGAUCUCUACGACUACAUUGGUGAGCGCCAGAGACUAACUGAGCAGGAAGCACGACACUUAUUCAGACAAGUGGUGUCUGCUGUCUACUAUUGUCACAAGAAUGGAAUUGUUCACAGAGACUUAAAGCUUGAAAACAUCCUUCUAGAUGCAAAUGGCAACAUCAAGAUUGCAGAUUUUGGACUCUCCAACGUCUUCCAGCAAGACAGGCUCCUGCAGACUUUCUGUGGCAGUCCCCUCUAUGCAUCUCCAGAGAUAGUCAAUGGGAGGCCUUACAAAGGUCCCGAGGUUGACAGCUGGUCCCUUGGUGUUCUUCUGUACAUAUUGAUUCAUGGUGCUAUGCCUUUUGAUAGUCACGAUUACAAAACUCUGGUCAAACAAAUCACAAGUGGAGAUUACAGAGAGCCCACCAAAUUGUCAGAUGCCUGUGGCCUGAUCCGGUGGAUGCUCAUGGUGAACCCAGAGCGGCGAGCCACCAUUGAAGACAUUGCCAGCCACUGGUGGGUGAACUGGGGCUACAAGGUACCAAUUGGGGAACAGGAGUCCUCACAUGAUCACGAGUCCUCCCUGUCCACGGUGGCGGAGUGGCUGCGCCGCUCCUCCAGGCCCCUCUUUGAAAAUGGCUCCAAGGUGCGCUGUUUUUUCAAGCAGCACAUCCCUGGUGUCACAGUGGAGAGGCAGCGCUCGCUCAGGAAGUCAAAGAAGGAGAACAAUGUAUCUCAUGCCAUGCAAGAGACUGGCCCCGUUCCAGAGAACCCCUCCAAAUCGAUUCUGAAGAGACCCAAAGGCAUCCUAAAGAAGAGAAAUUCCUGCGAGAAGGCCCAGGUUUCUCCUGCUUCCAUGACAGCAGCUCCUCCUGAUGAGCAGAAAGAGGACAAUGCUGGGCCUACGGUUGAUCUGUCUUGUGUCUUGUCAUCCAGGGCUUUAGCUUGCAAGAUGGAAGCUGUGGCCUCACAUUCCAUGCCCAAGAAAGGAAUCUUGAAGAAGACCCAAAAGAGGGAGUCUGGCUAUUACUCUUCCCCAGAACGUAGUGAAUCUGCAGAGGUCUUAGACUCUAAAAACUUGGAUCUUGAUGCCAGUGUCUUUGCUGGUCGUCCUUCUUCCACUCAGGCAUCCAGUGAGCCUCAUGCCAGACGGAAAGGCAUCUUGAAGCACAACGGCAAGUUCUCCUCCAGCAGCACAGAGUCUGAAGGUGUGCCCGCCAAAGUCUUUUCCACUUUUGCUGAGAUCACCCUGCCCAAAGUAUCCAUGGCCUCCCGUAUUCGCCCAUCCAGCGCUGUGAGUGAGGAUAGCAUCCUUUCCUCAGAGUCCUUUGACCAGCUUGAUUUGCCAGACCGAAUGCCAGGGAGCAGAGGAGCACCCAUGCGUGGAUCCAUCUCUGCGGAUGACCUGCUGCAGCUGGAGGAAGCAGAGGAGGAAAGGGGGGCUUAUCGACUCCGGCGCUGGACAGUCACUCAAUGUCAAACCCCCCUUGUAGAUAGCUGCUUCUCUCUGGCGGACUGUGACAAUGUCACUGAAGUCUACAGGCGGGCUGUAGCUAUGAGCACGAAACUGAGCUGAAGGGGGUUGUUGCCAACAAGGCCUCCAGAAGAGGUCUCAUCUGGGCACCAACAUCUGCAGAGAUGCCUUGCUACUCUGCUCUGUUCUUAGAAGGAAUGGCGUAGUCCAAACUGUUUGCACUUCCCUUAAAGGUGGACAAGUGAACUCUCAGCAGUCAGUGUCUUCUCAACAGGGCAGGAAGUACAACUGGCAAGAGCUUAUUUAUUUGUCACAUACUCUUUUGUUGUUUUAUUUGUGGAAUGUAAAGAGACAAAUGCUCAUGGUGAAAUAAUGGUUUGGCAGUUGGUACAACAGGGUACUGGUGUAUGUUUGGAGGGAGGAAAAAGGUAUGCUUAUAGAAGAAAGUUAGUGGAUGUUAGAAACAAGUUAAUGGUUGUGAAAUGGGGCUGGAGAAAUGGCGAGGCAUCUCGUUAACCUGCAGGGCUUUAAGUUUAAGAUUGAUACCAGGAAAAAAAAAACACCUCUUGGUAUCACCAGCAAACAGUGAGCUAAAGACUUGGCUAGUACUAUAGUACAAUACAGAAGACUUUCAUCUCUCCAAACAGACCAUGUUGAUGAUCAUCUCUAAUCCUAGGGACUAGGGUGGUUAUUUUGUUUGCACUGUGCGUCUUUAAUUGCACAAAGAUGAUAAGAGAGGUAGGAAUGCCACUGAAAUGGAGCGAUGAUGUGGCAAGGUAAUGGGAAAGGAACAGCUUGUGACUGAAAAACUAGGUGGUUUUGUUUGUUUUGUUUGUUUUGUUUUUUUACUGUUGGAGAAGAACUGCACUACAUGUUUAGAAAGAAGAUGCAAGUACUCUGAGAUGCCAGCCUGAUAAGGGAUGGGUGGGGUGGGGUGGGAGCUUUAAUAACAAAAUUCUCAGUGUCCCCAUGAAAUCAAGGUACAACUUUUCAUUUAGAUGAGUGAUGGCAGUUAACUUGGACAAGCUAGUGGUAGACGUCAGAUACAGACUGGUGUUACUUAAAAUUCACUCAAGAAGGUUCAAGAACAAGAGGCACAAUAGUUGUAAUGUCACCUAAGUUGUGUAUCUUUAGUUCUGGAAGGAGUUUUGGCCAACACUCUUAUAUUAGAGGGGCUGGCCGGGGUAAGGGGGAGCAGUACCUCAGAAUGCAAGAAGCCCUUUAUUGGGAUGGGAGAUUGAGGAGAGAUUAACAUUACAGGUAAAGCAGGCUGUAAAGAGAUAUGUGCCUACAGUUCCUUCUGAAUUAAGAUGGAUGAGCCUUUGAAAAGAAGCUCUGGACUAUGAUCUAGAUGCUAAGGCACCUUAAGGAUGCUUCCUCUAGUUGUCUCUCCCCACUUCCAGCAGCCCUCCCCCCCACAUCUCUUCACCAAACUUUUUCACAGGUACAGAAGUGGGUGGCAGCUCCUGAACAAUGUGGGGAGGGGAGGGUGCAGGUAGCUCUCCCUCUGUAAACUUACCUUAAUAUCUAAGCCUGUGUAUGUUGCCUUGAUGUCUAUUACCUUGUUCAGCUUUCUUUUGUUUUGAGUAUUUUAAAACAUUGCCUUUCUGAACAGUAUGGGGUAUUUGGCAAAAUGUUUGAAAAACUGGUUUCAAGAAAGAAUUUUGUUAUUUAAAAAAAUGGUAGCCUUAUAAUCAGAAACAAGGUCAUCUGCGAAACAUUUCCAUCUUGUGUAGCAUUUUAGACAUUAAAUACCUGUUGCACUAUCUUGCCAUGUUUUCUCUGGUUGGCCUUUCAAUCUGUUUAUUUUAUUUUACCAACCCUGGGAAAGUUAAUUCAAAUUUAAGGAAAGAUGAGUCCUGAACAUUCCUGUCUGUGCAGCUCUUCUUUUUGUAAACUGAUGCAAUGGUUAUGUAAGAAAGAAUAAAAUAAAAAGGAAUUAAACACUGAAUUUGUCUCCUGACCAAUUGCUGGUUGGGCAGUCUUUAAGUGA